UACGUGGUUUCCUUCCUUAACAGCUAUGCGACAAUCCCUUCAUGUAGGUUUGGCUUUCGGAUGUUUCACUAGUAUCAUUGCUGAGUGAGGGGAUAUGAUGAAUCAUUUGUACCUGUAGCAGUAACGAUUAAUUCAUGCCAAAAUCUGUACAAAUAUGGCCAUACUUUGGGGACUUGUAGCGUGGCAGUUACUUACCAUGAUGGCCGACCUGAACAUAGCACUAUAUAAUGCCCGUUAUUGUUGGAUCAGUAGUCCCAGCUGGACAUACACUAUGGUAUUCGUAUUCGGAUCCUCGCUAGCAACCGAAAUCCUAUCAAUAAUCUAUCCAAACCCUAUAAAAAACCAAUUUAUAAGAUGGUAUCAUAUCGCUAUGCCAAAACAAGGAAACAACAAAUCAAGAAACGUUCACCAACCCACAUAACAUAACACCCUUCCCCCCCUGUAGUGAAGACAUAGU